GGAAUUUUGCCGGACACGACCUGCCUGCCAUUUCAAGCGCUUUCUCCGCUGUUGUGCAACCACCCCGGAUACGCGCACACCCAGCCACAGCAGCCAAGAGAACAGCAGCAGCCACCAUGCGCUGAGCCGCGCCUCGUCAACACACACACACACCACACCACACAAGUACAGCACACACAUACGCAGCACACACACGUACACCACGCACGUUCAACUCCUCACUUUCCGUUCAUCACGUGAGUGGUGGUGUUGCUGCUUCGUCACAGUCACGCGAUCGCCUCCGCGUCCAACCUCUUCCAGUCCGAAGUUGCACCUUGUUGCCACCAACCACCGUGCCUCCUUCUUCCUCCUUGUUGCUUGCUCAAGGUUUUCUUCAAUCAGCACCAGGCACCGCCGGCAGGCCGGUGUUUCUCGCUUCUAGCUUCCUUCAGUUUGUGAUAUCGGCAAGAUAGCCAACCACACAGCAGCAGUGGUCACACAGCGCCAGGAGUCGCAGUAUCCUCGCACACCACUGCCACGCCAUUUUCCACCUGAUUCCCUUGCCCACACUGGCAACAACCAACAAGUGCAACCCAGACCAGGCAUGCCGCGUUCGAAGCACACGGAUGCCGACGGCGGCGCCCGCGCAGGUCACGGCCAUGUGCGCGUUGCAUGGCGCAUCCUGGCCGUGUGCGCCGUGGCCUUUUGCAUCAACUGCCAGCCAUCCGAACCGUACCUCACCCAGUAUCUGCAAGAGGUGAAGAACCUGACCGAAUCGCAGCUGGACACCAUCGUGUGGCCCUCCGAGCUGUACGCCAACCUGGCCUUCAUGCUUCCUGUCGGCUUUGCUGCCGAGCAGAUUGGCUACGUGCCCAUUGUCUUCUUCGGCCUGCUGUGCCGCGAGGCCACCCGCGUCGUGCUCAUCUUCAGCAGGUCCCUGGAAAUGAUGGUGGUCACGCAGAUCACCUACGCCAUCGCCAGCGUCGCCAACUCGGUGCUCCUCAGCUACAUGUACCUCGUCGUGCCGACGUCCAGCUUCCUGCUGGGCUCACUCCUCUUCAAGGCCAGCUACACCGGCGGCAACAUGGUCGGCUCCGCGCUUGGCCAGCUCCUCUACGACUAUGCCGGUGUCAGUCUCAAGGGCCUCUUCUAUGCAUCGUGGGUCUUCACCAGUAUUGGCUUCCUCACCUUCAGCUUUGCGCGGCCAAGCAAGCUUCCGGCAACCGACGAUGAGGAUGCUAACAGCGGCGGCAGCAACACUGAUGACGGUGGUGGUCGCAGUGAAGAUGCGAUCGAAUACGAAGACCAUCCCAGCUCAGCAACAACCGGCACCCGACAACACGGCUCGUCGCCGUCGUCACGGCAACAGCACCACCACCAGCAAUCCUUGCAGUUUCGCUCUGAUAACGACAACAACAGCAGCCUCAACAACAACAGCAGCGACGGAGGUGGUUCUGCUGGCCUUGGUGUUGAUCGUGAUGUCGAUGUUGAAGCUUACGGCGGCAGGUACGCCAGCCACGACCACGACCACGACUACGACGACGACCACCACCACGGCCAUCGCACGGCCGAUGAUGAUUGGGCCUGGGACGAUGACGAGGGCGACGAUCGCUGCGGCCUUGGUGACGACCCGCGUGCCCCUGCUGCUGCUUUUCGCGGUGGUGGUGGCGGUGGACGCGCUCACGGGGUUGGUGUUGGCGGGGAUAGUGAUGGCCGUAAUAACGGCCGUAGUGAUGCCAGCGGCGGUGGCGUCGGCGGUGGUGGUGGUGGUGGUGGUGGUGGUGGUGGUGGUGACGAGCGGUGGCAGCACAGCGGCGCGCCAGCGAUGAUCGUUGAUUUUCGCGGCACGGACCCUGUCAAGCUGCAGCGCAGCGAGCGAGCGCGGGCGGGCUGGGAUGACGAUGAGCACGCGCAGGAUGAGAAAGCACCUCUGCUUCAGACGGCAUCACCAGCACUAUCGUCGUCGUCAUCACCACGACCGCUGUCGUCACAGCAACACGGCCAUUCGCAGCGCCACGAUUGCACACGUGCGCCAGAGCAGGUGCGAGUGCGUCGACGCGACACACAGCCAGCCGGUCGUGGUUGGCUCGCUAUUGCCAGGCAUAAGGCGGUGCAGUACGCUAGCCUGUACAACCACAGCCUGGUGCUGCUGUGGUCUCUGUGGUGGGUGUUUGCAUAUGGCAGCAACGUCCUGUUUGGCAACUACUACCAGACGCUGCUGUACAACCACUACACGAACGUGCCAUUUGGGUGGAUUGAGUGCGGCAUCGAGGUUGGUGGCACGGCAGGCAGCCUGGUUCAGAUUGGCGUUGCGCAUCGCUAUGUCAACAGUCGCGUGUCUCCGCUCGUGGCCGCUGUUUGCCUGGCCGCUGUCUCCGCGCUGGCACAGAUCAUCUGGGCCGACCUUCCGGUCACGGCUGCGGUGUACUGCCUCUUCUUUGCCGUCUUUGAGGGUACGCUUGGCCUGGCCUCUGCUGGCAUUGCCGCGCACCUGAGCGAGCGCCGGUUUGCGCUGGUGUUCACCACCAACAGCUUCAUCUCCCUUGCCCUCAUGGCGGCCGUGUCUGCGAUUGCCUCUGCCCUCAACGCAGACACAGUGGCCUACUUCCGCAUCAUCAUGGGCAUGACGGCGCUUGGGCUUGUUGUCAUCACGCUCUACCUCGCCAUCUCGCGGUGUCUGCGCCGUCGCCGCCGCGCCCGCCAGCGCCGCGUGUAUGGAUACAGACACGUGCGUCGGGCACACGACGAGCAGCAAGCGCUCAUCAACUAACCGCCAUGUUGUCGGUGUGAUUGCGUAUGUGUUUGUGUGUGUGUAUGUGUUUGUGUGUGUGUGUGUGUGUGUGU